CGUGGUGGCGCUCAUGGGCGACGACGGCUCCUUCCUGGUGCUCGACAGCGCCGGAGGCUGGGCGACGAGCGAGGAGCCGCAGCUGCUCCACGUGGCACAGCCCGAGCCCGCCGCGGGCAGGCAGGCGCCGCCGCCCGCCGGGGAGGCGAAGGCCGCGCCCGCGCACGCGCCCAGGGGGGGCUCGCCGCUGGAGGACCUGCGCCGGGCCCGGCACGAGGCCUGGCUGCAGCGGCAGGCUGGAGGCAGCGCAGGGCACGCGCCGACAAAGGAGCCCGAGGGCGGGCCGCAGCGCCUCGACGACGACCAGCUGUACGGGCCCGCGCGGCCGCAGGCGGCCGCCGAGGACGAGCAGCUGGCCCGCCAGCUGCAGCAGGAGGAGCAUGCGCAGGCCGUCGCGGAGACCGCCCGCCCGCCGCAGCUCCACAGGUGCCCAGGCUGCAGUUUCGCGAUCACGUGGCACGCCACGCACUGCUGCGCGGCCUGCGCCACGUCGCCCGGCAGCCACGGCCCGAAGUGCGAGCGAGUCCCCGCAGCCGGCGGCGGCGGCGGCCAGCCGACCAUCGUCAACGGCGUCGUGCGCCGGGCGCAGACGACGAGGGGCGCGCCGGUGCAGGCCGCCGAGCCCGAGCCGGAGGUGGGCGGCUGGGGCGAGGCUCCGGCGACGGGCAGGCGCACCGGGGGCGGCCAGAUGUCCAUCGUGGCGGGCGUUCUGCAGAGAAGGGACCACCGACUGCCGACGGGCAUGGUGCGAUUCAGCAGGGGCGACCGGGACCAGGUCCUCUUCGUCUGGGCAGAGCGCAUGGCGCUGUGCGUGGGGAACAGCUGCCACGACCAGCGGAACAACCUCCGCUUCGCCGCGGUCGCCCUCGAGAAGAGGACCCAGCGGGGGCCCUUUGGCAUGCGGAUGCCCGGUGGCGGGGGCGGCGGCGGAGUGCCGCUUGGCAUGGGCAUGGGCAUGGGCGGCAUGGGCAUGGGCAUGGGCAUGGGCAUCGGCCGAGGGAUGGCCCGGGUAGUGGAGAAUCCCGACCACCCAACGAACAAGUACCCACAGUACUUCCAGCGGAUCGACAACCUCAGUGGCCAGGUGGAGGGCCUCUGCCGUGGCAUGGUCACGAAGGCGAGGCAGCACCAGCGCGAAGCGGUGCGGGAGAGGCUGAUCCCCGCGGCAAUGGCGAAGGUGCAGGAGAUGGAGGACUUGACGAGGCAGGUAGCAGAGGCGGACCAGGACGAGAUGCAGAAGGUGGAGAUGCUCAGGAUCAUCGCCCUGCAGCGCAGGUACCUGGAGGCCCUCGACGCCUCCCUCGGCGGCAGCACCCCACGCCCUGGGCUUCCCAAGCCCGACGAGGUGCUGGACUUCUCGGUGGCCAACCAGGAGGUGUCGGCCCAGGUCGCGGACCUCACGGCGGUCGUCGAGACCAGAGGCGGAGCUUGGACAUGCAGCAGCUCCUCCUGCUCUCGCGCAUCGCUUGCAACACGGGGCACCAGCUCCAGAACCUCGCGGCCUACGCCGCGGAGGACCCGAGCCUCGGCGAGCUGGCCAGCCGCAUCGACAACCUGGGCGGGCAGGUGGAGAACAGCAGCCGCAGCAUCAUGGUCAUCGUUCAUCGGCAGGAAGAUCUCGGGACGAUCCCGAUCAGCUCCCGGCAGGAGGUUGCCAGGCAUUGCAGCAACGCCUGGGACAACACCACCGAGAUGGCCCGCCUGUCGUCCUCGGAGCGGCUGCGGAACAACUCCUCCGUCGCCGAGAUGGCCCCGACCCUCGUGCGCCUGCAGAGGUCCGUCAAGUGGCUGAACGAGAGCGCCAUGCUCGAGAUCGAGCGUGAGCUGUCCUUUGGCUUCGGCCUCUUCGGCCCCAAGCUGACGGGCAACCUCGGCCCCAGAGCACCCGAGCCUCCGCCCCAGGCGGCAGCCACCAGCGGCGCGCAGCGCGAGGACAGCUUCACCUACGACGUCGUCGUGCUCGGCGCGGGGCCCGCGGGAGUCGCGGCGGCGGAGGCCGCCGCGGAGCGCGGGCUGCGCUGCGCACUGGUGGAGCCGCGCCGCGACGGCAUCGGCACGGCCACCGGGUUCAACUCCAAGGUGGCCCACCUGAUGAUCUCGGAGGCGACGGGAGGCGCCUGGAGCGGCGCCGGGGCCGCGCCCACCCCGGAGGUCUGGCGCACGCUGGCGCGGCGGCGGCGGGAGCAGGCCUCCGCGUACGGCGCCCGCGCCGAGGAGCGCCUGGCCGCCGCGCGGGUGGCGGUGAUCCGGGGCUGCGCGAGGUUCCUCGGGGAGCACAGCAUCCUGGUGUCGGACUUCGACACCGGGGAGGAGUCCGAGAUCACGGGCGGGUUCAUCGUCGUGUGCACGGGCGCGCGCCCGCGGCACCCGGCGCUGUGCCACGUGGACGGGCGCGUCAUACACGACUACAGGACCAUCGAGGAGCUGGGCGCCGACGAGCUGCCCUCCUCGCUCGUGGUCCUGGGCGGCGGCAUCAUCGCCUGCGAGACGGCGAGCCACAUGGCGGCGCUGGGCGUGAGCACGGCGCUCCUGGCGCCCGGCGGCCUGCUCAAGAACCUCGACGCCGACGUCGGCAGCGCCGUCGAGGCGCACCUGCGCGAGCGCCGCGGCGUGAGCAUCGCGGUGGGAUGCAAGGUGAAGACAGUGGUUUCCGACGGCGCCCGCGCGGUUGCCGAGCUCGAGGACGGCUCCGAGAUCACGGCGGAGGUCGCCGUGGUGGCCUUGGGCAGCACGCCCAACACCGAGUGGCUCGGCCUCGAGGCAGUGCCGCUGAAGCUCGACGCCCGUGGCGCCAUCGAGGUGGACGGCGACAUGAGAAGCAGCGUGCCCCACGUGUUCGCCUGCGGGGACUGCUGCAGCCGAGGGGGCCUGCUAAGCCAGGCCAAGCAGCAGGGCCUGACCGCGGUCUCCGCCCUGCACCGCGACCGCGGCCGCGUGCUGUCUGCGGCCCCCUCCAGGGACGCCCCCUCGGUGAUCUGGACCGUGCCGGAGGUCGCUUCCUGCGGCAUCCGGGGGGGGCGCGCUGGCAGUUUCGACGUGGUGACACGCUACACGGACUGCGAUCGAGGCUUGUUUCAGCGCGCCGACCAGGAGUUCUUCCUCAAGAUUGUGUAUGAGCCACAGGGCUUCCCCGCAAAGGUGUACGUCCGCGGCGUGCACAUCUUCGGGCCCCAGGCAGAGCAGCUCGUCGCCAGAGGUGCUGAGCUGAUCGGCAAGUCCAUCGAUGAGGCCAUGGAAGCGACCGCAAUGCCCGCUGCGGCCACCUUAGAGGAGAUGUACACAGUGAACCUCCGCAGCGCCGCAAAACGGACCGUGGACGUGCAGGCUCAGAGGCCAGACGGCGGUUGCGCUGCCAUGUGA